CCUCCACCUUGGAGAUGCUGCUGCUGCUGCUGCUCCAGCUGUGAGUAGGUGAGAGGCCAAGGGAGAGGAUGCAGUGGUCAGCUGUGGCUGACCUUUGUCUCCUACAGGAUCUCUGGCUCAAGAUGCUGAUUCUGGCUGCAAAUGCAGGAGCCAGGGGCAGUGGAGGAGAGUGUGUGCAUCCAAGUGCCCUGCGCUGUCUUCUACUCCCACUAUGGCUGGAACUACUCCAGGUUCCAGGCUACUGGUUCUAGGACAGGGCUGAUGCAAGCCAGGAUGCUCCAGUGGCCACAAACAACCCAGACGGAAAAGUGCAGAAAACGACCCAGGACCUAUUCCACCUCCUUGGAUACCCCAAAUCUAUGGCUGCUCCUUGGUAAUUGGAGAGGAGACCUGAGGACCUGGCCGCCCCAGGAACACAAACUUUACAGUGCCAUGCACUUAUAAGAGGGGGAUGUCCCCCAUCUUCUCUUGAAUUGGAGUUUCCCUCACAUCCCUGGACUUCAAGACUCCUCACUCUUCAGGGCUCACUCUCACCUUAGAGCCACACCACCAUGGCACCAACUUCACCUGUCGAGUGACCCCCUCUGGAGCAGGUGUGACCAUGGAGAGCCCUGUCCAGCUCAAUGUGUCCUAUGCUCCAGAGAACUUGACCAUCUGUGCCUUCCAGGGAAACAGCACAGGUGGGACAGGACCUCCCCCUUGGGGGCUGGGAAGGGAAUGGGGUCUUUGCCAGCCCAAGGCAGAGCCGGGAAUUCAUAGCUCAUAUAAGAAGGAUGUUGAUAAGGUCUGACAUAAUGAAGGACCAUCACUCUUCAGACCCUCUCUUGUUUGCUUCUGCCCUCCCUCCUCCUGGAAGGACUCUCUCCUGGGUCACUGUGAAUUCCUGGUUGACAACCCACUGUCACUACUGGUUGUGUUCUCUCUCUUGACCUCUUUCCCCUCACUCUCUCAUGGCGUCCUCUUUCCUGCUUCCUCACCCACUCUCUGACUGUCAUCUCAAUUUCCCACAAGAAACUGUAAGUACAUGGGUGCCUACAGCCCACAGUGGGCCUCUGGCCUCUAUCUGCAUAACCUUAUGGGUCAGCUCAUCCACCCUGGUGGCUCCAAUCCUACCUCGGCCCUGAAGACCCUCACAAAUUUCUGUCCAGUCCAGAUUGUCCUGAGCACAACCAGUUCUUCCUUAGAGGGGCUCCUCCCACCUGUGUCACUUGUGUCAACAUCCUGGAAGUCACUUUAGACAUCUCUGUCUCUCACCCAACCCUCCUCAUGAGUGAGUGAGUUUUGCAAACUUGACUUCCUGAAAAUGUCUCAAGUCAUUUUCUUCCUCCAUCUCCAGAUGGCCUCAGGUCCAGUUCAGUCUUCAGUCCUCUCUCACUUGGACCAUCGCACCAGCCUCCUGCCUGGCCUACCAGCCUCCAGUCUCACCCCCUUGGCCACAGCUCAGACCUCAAAAGGACUGCAAUCCAGGAGAAGGUGGAGGACGUCCCUCUCUUACAGGCCCAUGACCUGACCCUGUUCUUCCUCUAUUCAGAACCCUCCCAUGGCUCCCUGUGGCCUCAGGAGAAAGCCCAAGAGUGUCACCUGUCCUGGCCCCUCCAUGUCUUUCCUUACAAGUGGUCAGACCUACCUGUGUUAAUAUCUCUCCAUGGUUUUGCAGAUCAAGCUCCAUCCUGCUCGAAUGUCCUCUCCCACAUCUUGAUGUAACUAACUCUUCCUCUUAUUUCCAGCCACCUCUCAGGGCUGCCCUUCCAGGAAGCCUGCCCUGUCCCAGGAUCAGUGAGCUGCCUCUCCCCAUGGAUCUUCACCCAUACCUGCCCUUACUUGUCUCAGAAGUGUUGUUUUUCAUUUAUGCAUAUAUUAGUUACUAAGGCUGCUGUAAAAAAGUACCACAAAUCAGAUGACUUAAAACAACAGAAAUUUAUUCUUUCAGUUCUGGAGGCAAGAAGUCUGAAAUUAAGGUGUCAGCAGGGCUGCGCUUUCUCUGAAGGCUCUAGGGGAAGAUCCUUUCUGGUCUCUUCCAGCUUCUGGUGGUUACUGUCAAACCCUGGUGUUCCUUGGCUUGUAGAUAUAUCACUGCAAUCUCUGCCUUCCUCUAUAAAUGAUCUUCUUCCUUCUGGGUGUCUCUGUGUCUCUUCUCUUCUUACAAAGACAUAUUGGAUUUAGGGUGCACCCUACUCCAGUAUGACCUCAUCUUAAUUUGAUUACAUCUGCAAAGACCCUAUUUUCAAACAAGGUCACACUUACAGGUACCAGGGGUUGGGAGGUAAACAUAUCUUUUGGAGGAACAAACUUCAAUUCACAACAAUGUCUGUGGGAGGACAGAGGGACAGAAGGGCCUCUCAGCCCUGUCCCUCUGGCUGUCUCUGUUUCCUCAGUCCAAGAGCUUUUGGGCAAUGCCACCUCAUUGCAAGUCCUGGAGGGUCAGUCCUUAAGCCUGUCUGUGAUGCUGACAGCAAUACUCCUACCAAGCUGAGCUGGUCCUGGGGGAGCCUAACACUAAGCCCCUCCCAGGCUUUGAAUCCAGAGGUCCUGGAACUUCCCCAGCUGCUUUCCGGGGAUGGAGGAAAAUUCACCUGCCAAGCUCAUCAUCUGCUGGGCCCCUAACACGAGCCUCUCUGUGCAGGGUAUCUCCUGUUGCUGUCCCUGUGUCUCUGGGGAACAGAGGGGCUCCUGGCCUCUAGUUCUCACCCUACUCAUGAGGGGUCAUACUGGGGGCUGGCUUCAUUUUUGCCUAUAUUCUCACCUGGAUCUACUAUACCAGGUUCAGAAGCUCCAAAGAGGACAGGGAUGCAAAGUCUGGCUGAGCCUCCUACUCACAGCAGUGCUGAGGUCUGGGCUCCAGAGCCCUGACAGAUGGAUGAGGGACCCUCAGGUACCAUUUCCUGGGACUUGUUCUCACUCCUGCACAGCUCUGUGGAGAAAGGAGGUGACUCUGGAAAGACCAACUCAGCAAGCCCAAACCCAGGCCCCCACAAAGACUGAGAGCAUCAGUGGCAAGGCAGAGUGGGGCGUGGAAAGGACACAAAAUGUAGGUCCCGUGGUCUCAGGACCAGAAGCUCAUUAUAUGCAUCAGUCCUCAGCCACAGCUUCCGCCCUCGGCUUCCCCUUUUGCCCUGUCUACAGCCAGUCCCAGCGCCAGGGAAAUGAGCUGGCUCCAAGAUGCUGCUGCUGCUGCUGCUGCCCCUGCUGUCCAUGCUGUUGGGAGGGUCCUUGGCUCUGGAUUCGAAAUUCUGGCUGAAAGUGCCGAGUUCAGUGACGGUGCAGGAGGGUCUGUGCGUCCUUGUGCCCUGCACCGUUGGCUACCCCCGGGUCGGCUGGACUGACUCUGACGCAGCUCACGGCUACUGGUUCCUGGAAGGGACUGCCACUGCCACUGGGGCUCCAGUGGCCACAAACAACCCAGAUAAAGAGGUCCAGAGGGAAACCCAAGGCCGAUUCCAGCUCCUGGGGGAACCCCGUACUGGGAGCUGCUCACUGGUGAUCAGAGAUGCACGGAGGGAGGACACGGCCACGUACUUCUUUCGGGUGGAGAGAGGAAAUUAUGUCAAAUUUAAUUUCAUGACAUACACGGUGUCCCUGGAAGUGACAGGCCUGACACAGCCUGAUGUCUACAUUCCUGAGACCCUGGAGCCAGGGCGCCUGGUGACACUGCUCUGUGUGUUUCCCGGGAACUUCGGGGAUUGUCCAGCCCCUACGUUCUCCUGGACGGGGGCGGCCACCUCCACCCAAGGAACUGGAUCACAAACCUCCCUCUUCUCUGCGCUUACCUUCAUGCCGAGACCCCAGGACCACGAUACCGAGCUCACCUGUCAAGUGGACUUCUCCAGAAAUGGUGUGAGCACUGCAAGGACCGUCCGACUGAGCGUGGCCUAUGCCCCGAAGGACCUUGUCAUCAGCAUUUCCCAGGCUAAAGUGUCAGGCCCGGAGUCCCAGGGAAAUGUCUCACAUCUGGAAGUCCAGAAAGGCCAGUUCUUGAGACUGCUCUGUGCUUCUGAUGGCCAGCCCCCGGCAACACUUAGCUGGGUUCUGGAUGACAGGGUGCUCUCCAUGUCCCCCCGCGCAGAGUCUAGAACCCUGGAGCUGGAGCUGCCUCAGGUGGGGCCCAAGGACACAGGGCGCUAUACCUGUCGAGCAGAGAACAGGCUGGGCUCCCAGCAGCGCUCGCUGGACGUCUCUGUGCAGUAUCCUCCAGAGAAUCUGAGAGUGAUGGUGUCCCAAGCAAACAGGACAGUCCUGGACAACUUCGGGAAUGACAUGUCCCUCCCAGUCCUGGAGGGCCAGUCCCUGCGCCUUGUCUGUGUCUCCGACAGCAGCCCUCCAGCCACCCUGAGCUGGGUCGGGGGGAGGCAACCCGUGAGCCUCUCGCAGUCCUCGGACCCCGGGGUCCUGGAGCUUCCUCAGGUUCAGAAGGAGGACGAAGGAAAGGUCACCUGCCGAGCUCAGAACCCGCUGGGCUCCGGACAGGUCUCUCUGCUCCUCUCUGUGCUCUACCCGCCCCAGGUGCUCAGCCCCUCCUGCUCCUGGAAGACCGAGGGUCUGCGCUGCAGCUGCUCCGCCAGAGCCUGGCCCACCCCCUCCCUGCACUGGAGGGUUGGGAACUGGCUGGUGGAGGGGAACAGCAGCAACGCCUCCGUCAUGGUCACCUCCAGCUCCGCGGGGCCCUGGGCCAACAGCUCCCUGAGGCUUUCCGAGGGGCUCAGCCUCGGCCUGGGACUCCACUGUGAGGUCCGAAACGACCACGGCGCCCACAGCGUCACUGUCCUGUUGUUGCCAGAUAAAGGACUCGUUUCAACAGCUUUCUCCAAGGGGGCAUUUCUGGGAAUUGGCAUCACAACCCUCCUUUUCCUCUGCCUCAUACUGAUCAUUGUGAAGACUCUAAGGAAGAACUGGACCCAGGCAGGGGCUCUUCGGCCCCGGGCCUUGAGGGUCAGCUCAGUCAUGGAUUACAUAAAUGUGGACCCCAACGCGCCUCCCUUGGCUCAGAAUCGGAAGGCCACACCAAGCAUUCCUGCUGAGAGCCCUGCUUCAGCUGCUCGCCCCCCGGAAUCAAAGAACCUCAGUUGCCCAAGAUCUAAACCAACCAUUCAAAGCCCAGAAUCAGAGAAUAACCAAGAGGAGUUCCACUAUGCUAAUCUCAACUUCCAGGGCCUCAGAUCACGGGAGACCCGGGAGCCCAAGGACACCCACACUGAGUAUGCAGAAAUCAAGUUCCAUCGAGGGUUUGCUGGGCUUUAGAACUGGGACCCAGGCCACAGAGGAAGGGAAAGAAACAAAGAGGACAGGGAAAAUGGAGAGCAAAGUCUCUUGUUUUUCAUCCUCCAAGGAUGGGUCAUCUCAUCUCAGCUUCCAGCAUUUGGAAUAUAUCCGUCUGGAGAGUCCUUGCUCUGAAAAGCAAGGAAAAGAUUUUCCUCGGAAAUACCCAGGCAUCAUCCUAGCUAAUCCCUCAUGGUCUCAUGGAUUCUCAAAGGUGGGAGGGUCUUUAAAGAUGAUUAAACCAGGACCCAGCAAACUAGGCCCACAGACCCAAUCUGGCCCACUGCCUAUUUGCCUAUUUUUGUACCACCCUCGAGCUAAGAAUGUUUUCACAUUUGAGAUGGUUGGGAAAAAAAAAAAAAAAUCGAAAGAAGACGAA